AUGUAUCUCACAAAAACGGUCAACGGUAUCGAAAUAUGCUAUGACGAGUCCGGUUAUACCGACGGACCAGCGGUUGUCUUGGUAUCAGGCUGGGCACACGACUUGCGUCUUUACGAUGCCAUGCUUCCCUACCUUGUUCGAAACCACCGGGUCAUCCGUAUCAACUGGCGUGGCCAUGGCCAAAACCGGGACUAUACAGACGACUUCGGCGUCGAUGAGCAAGUCAACGACACUCUGCGCCUUUUACAGGCACUGGGAGUCGAUCGAUUCUACCUCGUCUCACACUCUCAUGGUGGAUGGCCAGCGCUAGAAAUUGCGGACCAGCUGGGCAAGGACCGAGUCAUUCGAUUGUUGAUGAUCGAUCAGAUCAUGACUCCCCCUCCGCAAGAGUUUGCAGCCGGACUAGAAGCCAUGCAGAUACCGGAGACCUGGCUAGCAGCACGCAAGAGCCUCUUUGAAAACUGGCUGGCAGGAAGCAAUAAUACAGGCGUUCAAGACCAUUUGACCUAUUGCAUGGGUAGUUACGGACACCAGAUGUGGGCGCUUUCGUGUCGCGUAAUUGCAGCUGCUUACCAGACCUAUGGUUCUCCAAUGGAUCGGAUGCGAAGGAUGGUCAAUCCACCACCGAUACGCCAUGUCUUCUCUCAUCCCCUCGACUCGCCCGAGUACCGCCAGAUACACGACAGCUUUUCCAAGGCACAUCCUUGGUUUUCAUAUACGGAUUUAGAAGGCGAAACCCAUUUUCCGAGUGUUGAGAUGCCGCAGAAGGUGUGCGAGGAACUCGAACGCUUGAUUGAGACUGGUGGAACACAGCGACGCAAUGGCUCGCUAUAA